ACUUGUUAUGAAUUCCACUCUCUAUAUUUAGAAUUUUUAGGUAUCGCUCUCUCCUCUUCCUAAGAGGGAGGUUGGGAAAGACUUCCAUAUUCACUCAUGCAAAAGAAUAAAGCACCAAAAAAAGUGAGGGAGAAUUUAAUUCCUUCCCACCCCUCAACAAAAACUAACAUGAGGGGAGCAAACUUUAGAAGAGACAACAUUUUCUUUUCCCCUUCUAUUUAAUUAUUACUACUUUAAAUUCAUCUCUUAGCUCAACCCUAUCUCUCAGUCUUCCUUGGUCCUUCUUGUUUCCAUUUCUUUUAUAGCAGCAUACGAAGACACUAGAGAAGAAGAUAUCCAGAAAUGGAAUGAGGGAUAAAAGAGAAUAACAAUGACUCAGUGCAGUUACCCUGAAAACAACCAUAGCAUCAUUGUGGAGAGGCACAAGGAUAGCUUAAUCAGAACAUGUCCUACAUGUGGUCAUCAUAUCAAAUGCCAAGAACAGGCUGCUGGAAUUCAUGACUUGCCUGGUUUGCCUGCUGGAGUGAAGUUUGAUCCUACUGAUCAGGAGAUUCUUGAACAUUUGGAAGCAAAGGUGCGUUCUGAUAUUCACAAGCUUCAUCCGUUAAUCGAUGAGUUCAUCCCUACUCUUGAAGGAGAGAAUGGAAUCUGCUGUACCCAUCCAGAGAAGUUGCCAGGAGUCGGCAAAGAUGGGUUGAUCCGACAUUUCUUUCACCGACCUUCGAAAGCAUACACAACUGGAACUAGAAAAAGGAGAAAGGUGCACACAGAUGAAGAUGGCAGUGAGACUCGGUGGCACAAAACAGGUAAGACUAGGCCAGUCUUCAUCAGUGGCAAGUUAAAAGGGUACAAGAAAAUUCUGGUGCUUUACACCAACUAUAGAAAACAAAGGAAGCCUGAAAAGACAAACUGGGUCAUGCACCAGUACCACCUUGGCAACAAUGAAGAGGAGAAGGAAGGGGAGUUGGUGGUGUCCAAAGUUUUCUAUCAAACGCAACCUAGACAAUGUGGUUCACUCUUGAAAGACUCAUAUCCUGCAAAAUUAAACGGUGAAGGCGUGCAUGAGAUAACUAAUCAUAAAAACACAGGGUUUGUCGAGUACUACAAUAAUUCUUUUGUAUCCUUUGAUCAAGGGGACCAGCAUAGGUCUAGCACUGCCCAAGUAAUCUCCCAUUUCCCUGUCCACGAUGGUGCUACUUUCAUUCCAUGAAUGGUAGCAGAAAGGUGAUAUGUGUUAUGCACGGAAAGGGGAAGGAACAUUACCAUUGUAUUCUGCAAUGAAGAAAUAAGUUAAUAACCAUCUAUAUAUAUAGUUAGGAGGGAAAAAGAGGAACAGAAUAAGGAGAAACUGCUUCAUCUGAAAGCUAGUGGUCAGAUACUUCAAUUGAGGGGGGAAAAGGGGUGAGAGGGGCAAAGUAAAGAAAAAAGACAAAUGAUUUGGCUGUAACUUUGUUUUUUCUUUUAUUCUUUAAAAUUUUUUGAAGGGUAGCUGUUUUCAUGCUUUGUACAGUGACAAGAAAACGUGUCAAUUGUCCUUACUUGGGUAAAUACUAACCAUCAAUCUGUACAAACAUGACUUUUACCUAAAGCAUUAUUGAACUAAUGAUUCUGUCUUCUUA